AUGUCCCGCAUGCUGCGCGCCGUAGCAUUGGGCCUGGGCUUGGCAACGGCGCAGCGCUUUGAUCAGCCGGCGCCCUUUGAUCCAUUGGAUGGAGCAUUGGAGUGGAUCAAACAACAUGGAAAGGAGGUGAUGGAUACCACAGGGCACUGCAUGGAUGCUGCGCGGAUGGCAGGAGAGUUGCAGGGCAAGUGCGGCAAAGUCUUUGACCCAGAGGCGCUGGCGUCUUUCGCCGCCUGGGGGUUGCUGGAGUUCUUGGAGACCGUGCAUAAGCCUUUGGUGCAGGAGCUGAUGCACUCUUCCUUGAUCCGCUCUGCAAAGGACAAGGCCAUUGCGUCGGUGCAACAGAAGACCCACCAGGGCCUGGACGAGUUCUGUGGGCAGCCCGACUGCAUUGCAGGCUUGGCCGCCUUCGAUAAGGAGUACGGCGUUUGCUAUGCGGGCACUCUCUGUACCGCGCUCAGUAGCCACCUGGAAUACGACAAGUGCCAGGCCGCUCUGCAGGAGUGGUUGCCGCAGAUGUUCCGCAACCAACAACACUUCAUGUGCGCACAAGAUGGCGACUACUAUUGUAGUGAGGAGGACACCAUGCUGCUGAUGCAGAACCCUGAGUGCUUCAUGAAGUUCAAGAUGCCUGUGACUGAAAAGGCCAUGAGCUGCUCGCAGCAGUGUGUGGAGAUCUGGAAGAAGGAGGAGAGGGAGCACCCCAAGUGCAUGGAGAUUUUGAGGCGUCAGACCAAGGAGCAGUACGAGAUUCAGCUGAAGAUGAUGAGGGAGUUGGUCCUUGCCUCCAAGGAUCAUACCCAACCCGAGAUUCCGGAGCAUUUCUCGACCUUCGAUGAGGUUUGCCUCGCCGAUGCCAAACGCUUCGUGGUGUAA